UUGUCUAUCAAAUGACCCAUUAGUACACGACGAUAUUCGAUUAAAGCGGGGCAUCGGCUAUCAUAAAACAUAUGAGAUUGUGAACAGUUUCUACAACUCAUUUCGCCCGAACAUUUGUGCUCUUUCUACUUACUGUUGUUUAACUAAGAUUGACCAUUGUUUUGUACUUCUCAUUGAGAAUGUGCGAAAGAAGAUAGCACUCGAGCAGAGCUACAUGUUGUUCAUGAACAAAUUGCUGCAUUGUCAAAACUAAAAUCGACCGGAUUAUGGAAGCCAGAAGAUGGAAAAAGUUUGAACAAAUUAUUUGAAAUACAAAGGAAAUUAAAUAAUAAAAUCAAUCGUUUGAGAAGCAAUCGGAUUGCUCAAGUUCGAGUUCGAAAGAACAGAAAAGUACAACUGUAAUGUUUGCUUGAUCAUAAUCCUGAAAUUGCUAGUGAAUUGAAUGCAUUCACCCAUUCCAGUGUUGGACGUCGGAACAUAGAGCACACACAGCCUGGAUUACUAGGUAAUUUGUGCUAAUGUCCUCCAAAAAUUCAAAAGUACUAUAGAUCUGCAGUUUUAGGGGUUAUAGUGGAUAUCGCAAAUUCUGGUGUGGUUGCGGUUGAUGGUCGUCGACGCACGGAUGUAAUAGAAUCUUGUUCAACAUUGGAUUCACUACAUCAACAAUUACAGGCUAAAGGAUAUCAAAUUAGCAGAACUGCUACAUUACUACCGAAGUCUUCACGAACUAUCGACGGUAAAAGACACGUUCACACCGUCCCCGUUCGAAUUCGUCAACCAGAGAAUAGUGUUCAUAAACAUCACCAGGAUACAAAAUUCGCAAGAGCUACAAUCGACGAUUUAAAGACAAUUGCUAGUAUACUCGGGAAUGAUGCCGUAUUGUAUUUGAGCGAAGAUGACAAAUGUCGUAUUCCGAUGGGGGUACCCGCAGCCCAAAAACAAUCAGCAAUAUUAAUGAGCAUGAAAAUACAGAUCAAACUUCCCGAUCACGAUUUUGUAGUUGCCACAAAACAUAAACUAGUUCCCAAAAAGCGCGUAACAUUCAGUGGACCGACGUUUGCAGCCAUCCGAUCAGGAAAACAUGAUCAUAGUACUGCUCAGGCGCAUGCUACCGAUUUUGAAACCUUAAUACAACUACCCGAAUUCGAAAAAGCAGUCCUGACUGAGGACAAGUUGAAACCCGUUGUCGUGAUGUCCGUUGAUGGCGGUCCAGAUGAAAAUCCACGAUUUCCAAAAACAAUUGCAGCUGCAACUACUAUCUUUCAAAAAUUCGAUUUAGACGCUCUGCUCGUGGUGACCAAUGCUCCUGGACGAUCUGUCUUCAACGAAAUUGAACGAAGAAUGGCACCAUUAUCUCAUGAACUAUCUGUAUUACUCCAUGAUCAUUUUGGAAAUCAUCUGAAUGGGAAAGGAGAAACAGUCGACAAAGUUUUAGAAAUCAGAAAUUUCGAACGUGCAGGUGAAACAUUAGCCGAAGUCUGGUCACAACUAAAAACUGAUGAUCAUCCUGUUGUUGCAAUGUAUGUGAAACCGCCAAUCGAUAAGCCGAGCACUAUCAUCUGUAAAGAAAACCUGUUAUGGACCUCUACCCACGUUCGUCAAAGCCAAUAUCUACUACAAAUCGUACGGUGUGAUGAUAGAAGCUGUUGCAAGCAAUGGAGAUCAUAUUAUCCACACCUAGUUAAUAAUCGUUUUAUCGUCCCCCCUAUUGCGCUUGUCAUGUCAACACGUGGACCUCUCCCAACUCAGCUCAAUGGUGCAAACGCAAAAUUUUCUAGUCUAUUGGAACGUCAACAAUUAGAAACAUUGAUUAAAUCACAUUUAAAUCUCGAUGUCAUUCCAUUUGAUUACUACUGCCCAUCUGUACAACAGGAUAUCGACCGACGAGUUUGUCAAAAAUGUUAUUUAUAUUUUCCUUCUAUUGCUGCCCUGAAUCGACAUAAAAAGAUUCACACUGAUAAAUUUUCUAAGCAACAACAAUUAAGUGCUGAUCUCGACAGUGACAAGUGUAGUCAGUUAAGCGACUAUGAAUACAAAGAUGAGGAAGACAUGGAAUAG